CGCCAAAAGCACCCCCACGCCCAAGCUCGAGCCCUUUAUUAUUAUGGUCCGCUUAUUGCAAACCAAUAUGCAAUCCCUCGUACUAGCACACCCCCGAUUUAAUCAUUCGCCAUGCAGUUGACCCGCGACGAAAUCGAGAAACACAACAGCAAAGACUCCUGCUGGGUCGCCAUCCACGGCUCCGUUUACGAUGUAACUGACUUCGUUGACUCCCACCCCGGUGGACCUCAUGUCAUUCUCCGCUGUGCCGGCAAAGACGCAACCGAGGACUUCGACUCCGUGCACGAUCAGGAACUUCUGACACAAUCACUACCAUCUUCUGCUUUCCGCGGCCACCUCGAACCGGGGUCUCUCAGCAAGUCCAGUAAACCCAUCGAGCACGUGCCCGAAAUCAAAGAAACCGAUCCCUUGCCCCCGCCGCUAGCGACACUGAUCAAUCUCUACGAUUUCGAGUCCCUGGCGCAGAAACAUCUGCCGCCGAACGCAUGGGCGUAUUACUGCUCCGGCGCGGACGACGAGAUCAGCAAGCGCCAGAACGCCAAAGCGUAUCAGAAAGUGUCGCUUCGGCCGCGCAUCCUGCGCAGUAUUCGGGCCGUGGACACGAGUACGUCCAUUUUGGGCAAGGCGGUCUCGUUGCCGGUGUAUAUGAGUCCCGUGGGGAUUGCGAAGUUGGCGCAUCCGAAUGGCGAGCGGGCAUUGUCUGCCGCGGCUGGUAAGGAAGGGCUGGUCCAGGUGCUGGCGAAUGGGUCGAGUUUUCCCAUUGAGAGCGUGAUGAAGGCUCGGGCGCGGGAGGAUCAGGCGCUCUUUGCGCAGCUGUAUGUGAAUAAGGAUAUCAAGAAGUCGGAGGACAUGGUGCGGAGAGCUGAUGCUGCCGGGGCGGGGGCGAUAUGGGUGACGGUGGAUUCGCCGGUGGUUGGGAAGAGGGAGAUGGAUGAGAGGUUGAAUCUGCAGGUCCAGGCUCGGGAUAAUCCAGCGACCAAGGGACAAGGCGUUGCCAAAACAAUGGCCAGCUCCAUCUCCCCGUUCAUUGAUUGGGAUAUUCUGACGUGGCUGCGUGGUCUUACUUCGCUGCCUAUCGUCAUUAAGGGGAUUCAGUGCGUUGAGGAUGCCGUUCUCGCGUAUGAGAAGGGUGUACAAGGCAUUGUUCUAUCGAACCAUGGGGGCCGAUCCCAGGACACGGCACAAUCACCACUUCUCACUCUUCUGGAGAUCCGUCGCUACGCACCCUACCUUAUUGGAAGCAAGAUGCAAAUCUUCAUUGACGGUGGCAUUCGCCGAGGCACCGACGUGCUCAAGGCACUUGCACUGGGAGCAACAGCCGUUGGACUAGGCCGACCUUUUCUAUAUGGACUUGCGAGUGGCUACGGAGAGGAAGGAGUUCGACGAACGAUCGAGAUCCUCAGACAGGAGAUCGAAUCCAACAUGGUGUUUCUGGGAGUGACUUCUUUGAAAGAAUUAGGUCCACAUCUACUGAACACGGCACGCCUGGAGAGGAAUAUGGUUGGGUCCGUGAAGCUCAUAGGUUCCUUCUACGCCUUCAUUCUCAAGCGGUCUGAGAACGUGCGCCUAACGGUCGUCGCGCGGUCAAAUUACGAUGCUGUCAAGGCGAAUGGCAUUCUGAUAGAGAGCGAAAACCAUGGCCAGCAUCGCUUCCAUCCCGAUAAUGUGAUUAAAUCCCCCGACGAAAUCACCAACUCCUUCCGCUACGUCGUCUGCGCCCACAAAGCAAUCGACCAGGAAUCCGUCGCCGCACGACUCAAGCCCGCCAUCGAUGAGAACACAACCGUGGUGCUCAUCCAGAACGGCGUGGGCAACGAGGAAGCCUUCCGGAAUCUUUACCCUCAAUCAUCCAUCAUAACCUGCGUGACAUGGGUCGGAGCCCGCCAAUCCACGCCCGGAACAAUCGCGCACACCAAAUCCGAAGACAUGCAGAUCGGGCUCUUCCCCAACGCCGCCCUCUCCUCCGCUCUGGAGCGAUCCCGUCUCGACAUGUUCGCCACGCUCCUCGAGCAUGGCCAAACCAAGUUCCAAGUCCUCGAGGACAUGCAGCGCCAACGCUGGGAGAAGGUCGUGUGGAACGCGGCGUGGAAUCCCCUGACGACGUUGACGUUGUUGGAUACGCAGAGCUGGCUGGGCUCGUCGCCCGACGCUACGCCUCUGACGCACAGACUGAUGCGCGAGGUGAUUGACGUGGGAAGGAAGUGUGGGGUGGAGUUGGACUACGGGCUCGUUGAUCGGUUGAUGGACAAGAUUAACGCCAUGCCGGGCAUCGGGAGUAGUAUGCAGACGGACUGUCUUAAUAAGAGGCCCAUGGAGAUUGAUGUGAUACUGGGGUUUCCGGCGAAGAAGGCCAAGGAGUUGGGGGUUGAGACGCCGGUGUUGGAUACGAUUCAGACGUUGGUGAGGGCAGUGGAUGUGAGGUUGAGGGCUGCGUUGUAGUUAUUUUGAUUUGUAUUAGGGUUAUAUAGGGUGGGUGUGGGUAGACUAG